AGUUGGCUUUCUUCCCUCUGUGAGACUGGCCCCAGGCUGUUUGCCUUGCUCAGAGGCCAGGAGCCAGGCUCUGCCCUGGCUUGGUGAGCCCUGUCCGCCCUGGGCAGGACUACGGGGUGGCCCUCCAGUGCUGACUUCAGGAGUCAGAUCCUGCUUCUCAGAAGAUGCACUAUUAUAGAUAUUCUAACGCCGAGGUCAGCUGCUGGUACAAGUACCUCCUCUUCAGCUACAACAUCGUCUUCUGGUUGGCUGGAGUUGUCUUCCUCGGAGUUGGACUAUGGGCGUGGAGCGAGAAGGGGGUGCUAUCCGACCUCACCAAAGUGACCCGGAUGCAUGGAGUUGACCCAGUGGUGCUGGUGCUGAUGGUGGGCGUGGUGAUGUUCACCCUGGGCUUCGCGGGCUGCGUGGGGGCCCUGCGGGAGAACAUCUGCCUGCUCAACUUUUUCUGCAGCACCAUCGUGCUCAUCUUUUUCCUGGAGCUGGCCGUGGCCGUGCUGGCCUUCCUGUUCCAGGACUGGGUGAGGGACCGGUUCCGGGAGUUCUUCGAGAGCAACAUCAGAUCCUACCGGGAUGACAUUGACCUGCAGAACCUCAUUGACUCCCUUCAGAAAGCCAACCAGUGCUGUGGGGCGUAUGGCCCUGAAGACUGGGACCUCAAUGUCUACUUCAACUGCAGCGGCGCCAGCUACAGCCGCGAGAAGUGUGGGGUGCCCUUCUCCUGCUGCGUGCCCGACCCCGCACAAAAAGUUGUGAACACACAGUGUGGCUAUGACGUCAGGACUCAGCUGAAGAGCAAAUGGGACGAGUCCAUCUUCACGAAAGGCUGCAUCCAGGCACUGGAGAGCUGGCUCCCGCGGAACAUCUACAUCGUGGCCGGCGUCUUCAUCGCCAUCUCACUGCUUCAGAUAUUUGGCAUCUUCCUGGCGAGGACCCUGAUCUCAGACAUUGAGGCAGUGAAGGCAGGCCACCACUUCUGAGGAGCUGGAGGCAGGCAAGCAGAGCUGAGCCACACCGUGGAGGCGGCAGCCCUUCACCACCAUUAGCGUCAUGUCCACAGGGAGAGAAGCAGAAGCACCUGGCCAGAGCCGGCACCCCGCCUUCAGCAUCCGCGUGAUGUGACCUCUGUUUCUGCUUGCCGGUGCUGAAGACCGAGGGGCCCCCUGUCACCCACGCAGACUUGUGACUGACACCCCCAUGGGGGUCCGCCCGGAGUCAGAGGCUCCGUCUUUAAGUGGGGGAGGUGACUCUGAGGGACCGACGGCUCUGGUGGCUGCACCCUGGCCUCCAUCGCACAUGUGGUUGGUGCUGGCCUCAGGGGCAGCCCCAUCUUCUGUGGACCUCCGAGUGCCAGCGGGGCCUGCGGUGUCUGCACACGUCGGGGGUGUGGGCAGGAUCCUCAGCCACAUCCAAGUGAAGUAAGCCUGAGCCAGCACGUGGCUGGGGCCAUGGGAGUGCCUCAUCCCCUGUCCCCUCCAGCCCCCCAGGACGGGAACUGCUCCAGCCUAACAGCAUUAUGCCCUGAUGGCACGGGGGGUGGAGGGGGUGGCGGUGGGCAUGGCUUUCCUCUUGAGCGUCAGCUCUCCUUUUCCUAAAGUGUGUAAAUAGUUUAUUUAUAGGGGUAAGAAUGUCCUCACACCACGUCUUCAUUUCCUCUGACAUUCUCCUCUUAGCAGCCUUACGCGGUGUCUGGGACUGACGCCAUCCCUUUCAGUCCCCUUGAGUGUCUCACGAACCAACUCCAUCAGCCUCUCCUCAUCAUCGCUCCUCACCCAGCUGCACUCACAUACUUCCCCUUCGUCUACAUGCCCCCAACACGCAUACCAUCACUCCCCUCCCCACUUGGCCUCACUGUCUUCUGGUCUUGGUGCUACUGAAACUGUUACCCAGAACUUGAAUCCUGACCCUGCUCUACUGCUAAGCGAGGGAACCCUAGCCACAGACGGCCAGCCGGAGACCUCUGGCCAGGGCUCCUCUCCAGGCCUCAUGCUAAGGGCCGGCUGGCCGGCCUGGCAUUUUUUUGCCCCUCCUUGGACAGAGAAGCCCUGUAGCCAGCCCCUGGGCUGAGCCAUGGACCCCAGCCUGCAGCUGGAUAGAGGCUCAUAUAUUUCAUUGAAGACUUUUGUGGUGACCCUCCAACCCCUGAAGGGGAUAUCUGUGGUCAUUGUGUCCACCCUUCAUGUCAGGGUUUAUUGGGGGCUUGCUUUUGGAAAUGAAGCCUGAUGUCCUGAAUAACUUCCCGGGGCAAGCUGGGAUGUCUGUGCAGCUUUGGCUGGGCUACACUCUAACGCCUCUCUGGACCUUGUUCUACCAGUUCUGUCCUUGUUCAGGGAUGGAGCGCUACCUUCACUUACUUGCCGAAGUGUACAUGCCAGCGUGGUGUAUACUGGUGGGUGUUUGUUGAUGACGUUGGUUUUGUUGUUUUUUUACAAUUUUCUCUGUAGACUAGGGGAAGAAGAAUGCUUGUGUUUUUAGGAAGUGUGACGCUUUUCUUUGACUGCCAAACUCUUUUAUGGAAUAUAUCUUUAUAUGAAUGCUGUUUGAUUGUUUUUGUUUGGGGUCAUAUCAAGGUGGCAUUAAGCACCUCGGUGGUAAACUUGGUUGCCAAGGGAACCAGUGGGAUUGGGUGUAAGUAAGCACCACAGAAGGUAGCCGGUUGACACAACCUGAAAUAAAUUUCAUCAGGUGAUUUUUUUUUUUUUUUUUAGAUUCCAUGUGCCACUUUCAGGGGUUGCUUGGAGGUUAUGAUAGAGCAAGCAGGCUUGCUCAGCUGUAAGCACAGGGACUUUGACUCUGUAGGCCCAGAGGAAAUGUUAUUUUAGGUUAUAAGCAUACAGCCCCAGGAGGUAAGGUCCAAGCAAAAGAGCCUGGGAACACUGGGCUGGAAUCUGAGACUGCAUGAGCUGUGUGUCCUAGACCUGCUGGCCCACCUGUGGAGAGAGUUAACGGCUGUGCCCACCUCGCCAGUACGUCUGAUCCAGCCCGCCCAGCGGGGGUCAGUGUCCGCAGGCUCUCACUGCUGGUGUGUGUGCACCGCAGCUGUUCCUCGACAGCCCUGCCGUUCCGUCUAUUCAGGUGGACCUGGUGACCCCUUGCAAAUAUCUUCACAGGUCCCAGCCCAGUUCAGGGUGAAGUUUACCUACCUGUGACUUUUUUAGAGUUGGGUUUGUUUCUUUAUUUUACAGAACUUGCUGACCACUUUCAGCCAUCUCUUCUGAUUCUGAGUUGUGUGGAGGGUAGAAAAGAAAUGCAGGCUAAGGAGUGCUGACAUGGCAUCUCCAACGCUCUGGACUCUCUCCGCAGAGCCACAGUGCAGCCUCCCGACAUAGGCCAGCCUGUGCCUCUGCGUGUCCCCUCCUGCACGCCCCCCCCCCCCCCCCCCCCCCGCCCCGACUCUUGCUUGAAAGUUUCAAGGUCUUUGCUUAUCCUUCCUGUGACUCUCCUGUCCACCUCCUCCUCCUGGAACUGCCAUGCUAUUAUCUUUCCCACUUGCUGUCCUUGUCCCAUCCCACAUAUCCACCUCCCAGAAAGCUUGCCUACCAGCUCUGUGCUGCCCCGCUCCAGCUCUCCUUCCCAGGAAGCUGCUUGUCUGGCUCUGUCCACCUCCCGCCACUACCCACUGCUUUUCUCACUUGCCUGGAAGCCGCUUAGCCCAGUCACCAGACUCAGUGCCUCUCUCUUGGCCCCUGCGGCUCCUGACGCCCCGGACCACCCCAUCCUCCAAGUCCUCUGCUUCUGCCGCCCAAGCUCCCAGGUGCCUGGCCCUCCUGCCCACCCUGUCCCACCUCUCAGCACCCGUCACACUCAGCAGUCUCCUUGGGCUCCUCUGACCCUCCGGCAGGGCGUGGGCGGGGCAGGAAAGCCGUAUGUGCUGGUGCUGGGCUGGACUAGGU